AUGGAGCCUGUCCGGUGUAGCGCUGCCCGGUGGAUCACGGUUUGCUUGGUUUUUGGACUUGUGGCUGAAGCUUUCGGGUCCAACAAGAAGAGUAGCAGUGUGGCUUCAGUGAAGUUUGAAGAUGUCACUGAUGUUAUCACCUGCGCAGACAGCUACAUGGAGUUAAAGAUCACGCCAACUCAAUUUCAGGGGACCAGCAAUAGCUUUAAAGUUCAGGAUCUGCAAGGCAAUUGGCUUGAUGCGAGCUCUAUCGCGUUCAAAUGCAGAUACAACAUACGCACUGAUCCGACCGACCACGCUAGCGUUUUCCAGGUUUAUUAUGACGGCUGUUACGUUAGACAGCAGAAUAACAAAUACAUGCUUUCUGCCCUUGUUGAAGCGGUUGACCCAAGUGAUAGAAUAAUGAUCAUUAAGAAGACGCCCAUGGAGUGCCCUUACUAUUCCUGGAUCACUACUCGGACCACGACUCCUACUCAGACCACUACUUCCCGGAGCAUUCCGUGGCCGGUUACAGGUGCUUGCGAGAUUCCAUCAACGGAAGUAUUGCCCUGCGGUGAAGCCAACAUUAACCAAACGGCCUGUAGGGUCAAAGGAUGUUGCUUCAAGCCUACGAUGUUCCCUGCUUGCUACUAUGGAAAUACUGUAAAUGUCCAGUGCACCCGAGACGGUUACAUGAUGACUGCUAUUAGUAAGGCGGUGACCAAGCCGGACUUGCUUCUCAAUUCGGUCAGUUUGAUUGGGGGACGGAACCCACCGUGUGCUCCAGUCGGUCGCUCUGCCAGCUUCCUGCUGUUCAAGUUCCCACUUGGUGCUUGUGGGACUCGUUUAAAGCUGGCUGAUGACAAAGUCGUUUAUGAGAAUGAGAUGUCUGGCACUAUCGAUGUUCUGGACAGUCGAUAUGGGUCAAUCACCAGAGAUGCAGAUUAUAAAUUGACCAUCCGCUGUCUCUAUUCUGCGAAGAUGGCCCUGCCACUGCAGGUCCAAAUCCAAUCUGUAGACCCACCACGUCCUGUAGCUGAACCGGGACCUCUCCGCAUCGAACUCCGAAUUGCAAGAGAUAAAGCCUAUGGAUCCUACUUUGCGGACUCGGAGUUCCCCCUUGUCAGAGUGCUCAGAGAACUUGUGUACGUAGAGGUUCGCCUCUUGGGGAGGACUGACCCCAACAUCCACCUGGUUCUAGAUGACUGCUGGGCUACAUCUACCCCAAGCCCCCUCAGCAAGCCUCAGUGGAGCCUUCUGGUAGAUGGGUCCCCAUACAAGGAAGACAACUAUCUGACUUCGCUGAUCCCAGUUAAUGCCUCUUCAGGGCUAAUAAACCCAACACACUAUAAAAGGUUUCAGUUGAAGAUGUUUGCCUUUGUGAAUGGCCUUCUGAAGAAGGCAUUCAAGGAUCCAAUCUUCCUGUACUGUAGUGCAGCGGCAUGUUCUCCCUCUGCUUCGGACUCUUGUACUGUCGGAUGUCCCUCUGGAGGAAGAGUUGUCCGACAUGCUGAAGUUACUCUGCAGGAUACAGUGAUUGCCCACAGUGGACCCAUUAUCUUCAUGGAAGCAGAAAGAAAUGUUGAGGUUGACCACAAUGGGAGAGCACUCAAUGUGUUUUCAGAUGGAGAUUUGAUUUCUGACAGUAGGCCCAGCCUCAUUGGGACACCAAUCCAGGAGGGAAAUGAGUCUGAAGACGAAGGGUUCAUGGUGCACCUUCCAUGGGUCCUCACUGUGGUGUUGACUGGGGCUGUGCUGGUGGCUGUUGCUGUCUGGAAGCUGACUCUUCCCACUAGAGAGGAAACCAAGCUGUGAUUUUGUUUAAUGGACAUGAAAUAAAGUGGUGUGA